AUGCCGGCGGACGACGCGCCCGCCGCCGACGAUGCGCGCGCCGAGCCGAACGCCCCGCCGCGCCGUCGACUGAAGCGGGAAUUCGACGAGCACUGGCUCGAGCGAUGCCUCGGAGCCCCGGUGGAACGACUCCUCCGCCAAAGGCGCAUCGUCGGAGCGUGCGUCUGCGUCGUGAAGGUCCCGAUGGACGGCGCGCCGGGGGAGACGACGGACGCGGGCGUCGUCCGCGAGUACAUCAGGACGUACGGCUACGCGUCCCUCGAUCCCCCGGGCGGCGCGGGCUCGGACGCAUCGGGACGAACGAACGCGACCCGCCGAACCGACGUCGCGUGGUCAACAGAUCCGCACUCUCCGCGCGCGAGACUCGCGAACAACUACGGCGCGGUCGUCGACCCGAGGACGACGCUGUUCGACGUCGGGUCGUGCGCGAAAAUCUUCCCCGCCGUCGCCAUCGCGCGACUCCGGGACGAUUUGGGCGUUCCGGAGCUGACGCAAGACGCGGACGAUCACCUCCCGCCGGAGCUGGCCCUCGCAUCCAAACACCAAACGCCAAACACGAAACGCGCAGUCACCGUGGGGGACCUCCUGAGGCACACCAGCGGGCUCGUGGACGUCCCAGGGUGCGCAGCGACGACGAAGCCGACGACGACCGUCGCCAAAGCCAAAGCCAAAACCGGAGUCGUCGCCGCGUGGCCGCCCGGACUCAAUCGCGCCGAGUGCGAUCGCAACGUCGCCCUCGCCGCCGCCGUCGUCGAACGCGUCUCGGGACACGAGUCGUACGAAUCCUACGUGCUGAACGAGCUGCGCGUGGGCGUGAAGGACGCGGUGCGGGGCGGGCGACCGAGCUCGUUUCGAAACGCGUACGCCGCUCUCGCCGAAGCCGCGGCCAAACCCGCGGCCGGGCCCAAAACGAAAACAGGCGAGGUCGUCGUCGGCGAGUGCGCGUUCGGCGACGGCGUCCGGGCCGGUCGUUACGUAACGGACGUAACGGACGCCGGGGACGGUACACGCGCGUUGGUUCGACGAGCGGCGUCUCGUCGGGCGGACGCCGCGGACGAGGGGAACGAGUCGGCGGGCGACAGUUCCGUCACCCCGCUGUGGUUGACGGCGUGGGAGAUGCGCGCGAUCGUCGCCGGACUCUUGACCCCGAAUGGGACGCUCGUGCGCACCGAGGCGAGCGUGCGGGACCUCAUCGGGCCAGACGUCGCGUUCCGGUGGCACGGCGUCGACGGGGCGUUCGAGGCGUACGGCUCCGGGUUUGUCGCCGAGACGACGGCGAGCGGUUUGCGACGGCGACCGACGAGGCGAUUUGAUUCGGCGGGUGCACAGCUGUGUACGGGUGCACAGCCGUCAACACGCGGGUGCACAGCUGUGUACGUCAGCUCGGACGACUCGACCGGCGCGGACUCGCUGCUCGCGUUGUUCCCCGAGCACGGGAUCGGGGUUUGGAUCGCGUCGAACACGCGCGAGGAGUGGUGUCGCUGCGGCGGGGGCGGGGGCGGGGGCGGGGGUUUGGGGGAGGUUUGGGACAAACCCCCCGCGGCUGGGCUCGUCGACCCCGCGCGGAGCGACGGGGCGCAGCACGCGUUGAAGAUGCGAAGCGGGCCGGGCGAGGGACCCGGGGGGCAGCCGCGGUUCGCCGAGCUCGUCCUCUCGAGGUUCGUCGACGACUUUAUCCCCGCACCGGGCGACGAAGGCGGUGACUCACCAAGGUGA